UUGUACGUAUUGCGUAGUGGCCGUAGUGCGUGUUCGCAGUGCGUAGAAUAUCUAGAAUCAGUAAUCAGUAAAGGAAACUCUAAUUUAUAAAGUGUGUCGCUGAUCAACCAUCUGUACCUGGAUAAACAUGUUGAAAAAUUGGAUAAAAAAUAAAAAAAAUAGGGGAGAGAGAUUACAAAAUGAAAAUGAUAAUGAAGAGAUAAUAGAGAUGUCUACUUCAGAGAGUGAAAUAGAAACUUAUAGAAGCCGAUCAACUAUAUCCAGUAAAGCUUCUUUUCUUUCUUGUGUAAAACGUUCUAAAGCAUCCUUAUGUUUUGGAAAUGUUUCUGAUAAUGAUAAUACAGAAUAUUCAAAAAAUUCAAAGAAAGAAUUUAAUACUAGCAAUAAAUCUGUAAAUAGUGUAAAUAGCAGUAUAAAUAGUAUAAAUAGUGUAAAUAGCAGUAUAAAUAGUAGCAAGCAAGAGAAAAAGUUAAAAAAACGGUUCUAUGUCUAA